AUGCCACCACCACCACCCCCUCCCCCUCCUCCUCCUCCGCCGGGCGCGAUGGGUGGUCCCCCCCCUCCGCCGCCACCUCCUCCGGGAGGUAUGCCUGCAAGACCGUCCAAGACAGGGGCAAAAGGCAGAAGCGCGCUGCUCAGCGAUAUUAGCAAAGGCACCCGGUUGAAAAAGACGGUUACCAAUGAUAGAUCUGCACCGGCAAUCGCCAAGGAGGGGAACAGGUCUGCUGGGCCCCCGAUUGGAGGCGCUCCGCCUGUUCCCGGAAUGAUCAAACCGCCAUCGGGGCUGGCACCACCUGUGCCUUCUGCGCCAGCCGCCAACCGACUGCGGAGCAACAGCGAAGGCGUCUCAGCGGCUGAGGCUGGUAGUCCUGCAGUUCCAGCAGCGCCGCAGCUUGGUGGGUUGUUUGCGGGUGGGAUGCCUAAGCUACGCACGGUUCGGGGCGGUGUCGAUACAGGAGCGAAUCGAGACUCGCCGUAUAUGUCCGAUUCAGAAAGCUCACGGCCAUCACUUGCUGCCGCUCCGAAGCCUCCUACAGGGGGGGCUCCAAAAAUCCCCGGAGCGCGUCCACCUCCACCUCCACCGUCGACAGAAUCGCCCCCGACGCCCCCGACCAACCCACUGGUUGCCGCACUUCGAAAACCACCCCCGAAACCUGCAUCGAGACCGUCAUCCACAGUCUCAGCGCCUCCUACAGUCAAGGCUCCAGACGCUCCACCUCCACGAGCACCCCCUCCCUUACCCGGCUCUGCUAGACUCCCAGCGCCUCAACCGCUCAGAAAACCUUCAGCUCCUGCUCCCCCACCACCGCCGCCGCCUUCCUCCAGCCCAGCGCCUUCGGCGGCCUUCCCUGCACCUCCGCCUCCCCCACCUUCAGUAUCGGCCCCCAGACCUCCAGCGCCGUCAAGAUCAACGCCGCCACCGCCGCCGCCUCCACCUCCCCCGCCAGCGGGCUCUGCACCGAAACCACCAAAUGGAACAUCAGUGCCCUCGAUAGCAGUUCAAGCUGCACGGAACGCCCUUUCUCACAGCAACCAUACCCCGUCUGCACCCCUACCCCCACCCCCUGCAUCGGCUCCUGCUGCUCCACCUCCACCCCCUCCUCCGAGUUCACCUCCCGCGGCACCUCUGGCCACUCUGCCGAGCGAACCACCAUCUCGUGCUCCGUCGCAUGCUCCGGCAUAUGACCAUCACCCCCCAGUCAGCCAGUUUGAUCGGUCCAUGCUAGAUGCGAGUGCCUACACACUUACCAACGGUGGUUCGUCCCAAGUAUCCAGCAGUCGCAGUCCAGGCCCGGCUGGGCACGUUCGGAUUGAAGACACUAGAUUCAAGUUCCAGAGCGAUGGUCUGCUGCCGAAGCCACGACAUUUCACAGGAGGAGCGAGAAGAUACCGUGCUGGACGGGGUAGUAGCGUUCCGCUGGAUCUGAGUGCUUUGAGCGGGUAA